AAGACGAGAACGCUCUAGUCCCACACUUUUGGCUUCCUGCCCACAUCAACUGUUGUUAUCUCUGUCUUGUCGUCCUUGUCAAAGCUGUUAAUUUCCACCAUGGGACGCGGCAAGAAUAGUUCCAGCAUUCGAGCCAUGAAGAAGAUCAAGACUGCCUUUGACGCUGUUGUAGCAGCAGGAGACCUGCCAGCACCAUCUCCAUCAUCGACGAGCAUCAUCAACAAGGCGGCCUCUCCCGCCCAAAAAAAGAUCAUGACCAAGAUGAACAACAUUGCCAAAAACAACCUCAAGAGUCAAGACAUGAAACAUCUCGUCAAGGCACUCGACUUGGAUAUAUCAGACUCUCUGGUGGAUUAUGUGACGGAAACCACCACGGCCUUGACCCGUCGUGACAAGCUUCGUCGCAAGUACGCUAGCAAGACCGUUGUCAAGUAUGCCGAAUCGGUUCAGACUCUACGCAAGUGUCAAACAUCCAUUCAACAGACCCGAGAUGAUAUUAUUCGCUGUGAAACCGACAUGGUCUUUAUGGGGCUCAAGCAAAAGCUGUUGGAGACGUCUGCCCAGUAUAGCAGCCAACAACAAGAAAGCAAUGACAAUGACGCCCAAACAACAACAGCAGCAACAACAAACCGCAAGCACAGUGGGUGUCUCGUCAAGAUGGACGACGAUGAUGAUAGCAUUGAGAGCGCAUACGACACUUCCAACGAGGCCAAUAUGAGCAGUGACACGAUCCUUGUCAGCAACACUUCUGAAACCGGAACACACGGCGAGACCGCUAUGGCUACCGCCCAGAAUGUGUCCACAGCAACGGCUACUGAAGCUGUUGUCCAUCUGCCCGACGUGAGCCGCUCCGCCGAAUCAAAGGUCCUUGUUGCAAUGGUAGAGACCAAACUACUAGACAUUAAGAAACUGCCCGAGCCAAAGGACGGGGAGGAGAGUGACACUGAAGACGAGACGUUGAGUAGCAUCUGCAGUCCUGACACGGACGCCUACGUUACGGCGGAGGAGGGCGGCUUUCUGACUGACGAUGACGACUUUGUCUCCGAGGAAGAGGACGACGGUGAAGAGGAAGAUGCUGAUGAUGACCAUUCCUUCACAUUUGAUGGAAGCAAGCCGUUCAUUGAUGGCUUCUUUUCGUCAAUGGGAGAGCAAAUGGCCUCGUUCUUCCAAUCCGGAACACUCGCCCCUACCAUUCAGGUGGAAUCUCGCAAGGAUCACAAGCGUAUUCGAAAGAUCAUGAUCCAAAAGUUGCUCUCGCAACCCGAGCUACAGCGUCAGAUGAACGCCAGUCCUCUCAUGACCGAACUCAAGACCAUGUACAUGCAAAAGGCGAAUUCUAGCAGCGUUUGCACCAACACCCGUGGAUGUCGUUGCGAUUCCCACAAGGACGUCCAUGAAGCCGUGCUAGAGACUAUGGUGGCUUGCUUCCUUCAUCACUUUGUGGGAGUUGAGGGUGCCCCCCUCAUCGACAGCCAGGGCGCUUUCAUUACCUACUACGCGUCGCGCAACAACGGCAACCAGAAGGCACUUGAAAACGCCUAACACGCCCUGACCUGAAACAAAGCCAAUCCAGUGAGCCCAACGAUGAAUUGAAUCGUUCAAUCGAUAAACGUGAGAUGAACCCUCAUGCAUGGUUCGGGGACAAGAAAACGGCAACAGCUGGGAAAGCGACAAAGGAAUUCAUAGAUACAAAAGCAUACACACCCUGCAACAAGUGAUUGAGAAGCUGAGCUACAGUUGACUUGCAUAAAACACGUUAAAAUCAUAAUACACGUUUU